ACGGUUCCUGGUAUCUACGUUUACGGUAAAGUAAUAUAUAAACCUGUUGGAACUUUAUUGUCAUGGCUUUUUACACCACCCGGGUGGACGACAAUGGUAACGAAAUAGAACGUCGCCAUUCAGCGCGUAGCUUGGCGAUUUCCUUGAGUGCAAGCAGCACCAGCACUAACACGUCUCGCGUCAAUUUAAGUUCUCGAAGUUGCGAGACAAAGGCUAGCGUAAGAUAUAUAAAUCCUGCAGCUUUUAUUGAAAAAACACCAGAUCAAAGUGAGACUAGUAGUAUAAAUGAUGAGAGUAAACUACUGCCGACAUCGGAAAAUCAGAGCGAUAUUGUGCCACCUUUGGAUUUACAGUCGGAAGAUAACUAUCCUACUACACGUGAUUACACCUUCUCUUAUCGCAAACACUGCGAAGCAGCUAAAAUUGUUUUAAAACCGGACUUAGCAUAUGAAACAUGGUUAUCUGCCAAAAGGAAACUUAUUUCUGAUGAAGCUGCGCGUCGCCGGAAGGCUGAAGAGCAGAAACGCAAGGAACAAGAAGCAAGAAAACGCCUUUCAGAAGAAAAGUUUCAACAGUGGUUGAAAACAAAAUCACGCCAAACUCGUUCGCAUGAAAUAAUCAAAACACAUGUUGAACUGGAAGAAAAAUCAUCAAAAUCUCAAAUUAUCGAUGAAGAAACACAAGCUAAACUGGAAGCUUGGGAACGCACAAAACAAAUAGAGGAGGAACAACGUCGUAAUAUUAAGAAAAAAGAAGAAGAACGACGUCGGGUUAUGGAAGAACAGCGACGGCAAAUGGCCGCUGAGGCAUGGAAGAAAUGGUUAGCUGAGGUGGACAAGAAGCCUCGACCGGUGCCACUUAAUAGAGGGAUAUUCACGUUGCGUGGGACUAUAUCCGAUAUUUUCGUUAAUCCCAACGAGUGGCAAAGUACAAUUCCAAUAGAGGAAGAUUGACACUUUGUGUUGAAAUAUCACUGCUUUUAUUUAAUUAAUUUGUAAUUCAAUAGUGUUUACAUAUCAACUUCAAUGAAAUACGUGGAAGUUGAAAUGUUCUAGAGCUACCAAAUUUUGUGAUGUGGUAUUAUGUGUAUAUUCAUUUAUAAAUUGCAUAUCGUACAUUUCGUCGGACUGUACGUGAAAAGUAUAUCUAUUA